GCUUGCGUCAAAAGUGUUCGCAAGAACACACGAACGGAAAAAAACGUGGAUUGAUAAACAGCCAGUAACAGCCAUCAACUCUAUGCUCUGCAGGUACAUGCUACUCAACUGCCGUAAAACAUCUAAUAACAAGCAUUUUUGCCAGAACACCAGGUGGCGGUAAACGCUUUUCAGGUGUGCAUGAACUGCUACAUACUCACAAGGCAGAAGAAAGAAUGGCCACUGGUCACGACUCUUGACAAACAUUUUUUGUUUGUUUGGGAGAAGCUGAAUUUGGACUGUACAUUUUCUUCAACAAUGUUGAACAGGUAGACAACAUAACGACGGAACACGUGUUUCUCACAUCUAGUCUUAUCUAAAGUGAGAAUGGCUGAAAUCAUUGUGGUGAACAUUAUCUCGCCCUCUUCUCCUCCUGCCACCGCCACCCUGCCUCCCUCACCAGUCCUGGAGGACUCUUGCUUGCCAUUGGCCUCUCUGGACAGUGAGGACUAUGUGUUUGUGGAAGCCAGACACCCUAACAAGGUCCUUGAAGGCCUGAACAGUCUGCGACUCAACAAUGCCUUCUGUGACGUGACUCUGUGUUGUGGGGGACAGGAGUUCCCCUGCCAUCGCAUUGUACUAGCAUCUUUCAGCUCCUACUUUCAGGCCAUGUUCUCCACUGACCUCAUGGAGUCCAGGCAGGAGAGGGUGGCCAUCAAUGGGGUGGAGCCUCAGAUGAUUGGCAUGCUGGUGAGCUAUGCCUACACAGCGGAGGUGGUCAUCUCCAAGGCCAAUGUACAGGCCCUGCUAGCGGCAGCAAACUUGCUGGAUGUGAUGGCUGUGCGAGAAGCCUGCUGCCGUUUCAUGGAGCGUCAGAUGGAUGAGAUGAACUGUGUGGGGAUCCACUGCUUUGCCGAGGCCCACUCCUGUAUGGAGCUGGAGAAACGCAGCAUGGACUUCAUCCUCCAGCACUUCUGCACUGUCUGUCAGCAGGAGGAGUUCCUGUCUCUGUGUGUAGACAAGCUGACAGAGAUCAUUGCCAGCGACCAUCUCAAUGUAUUCCAAGAGGAGGCUGUGUUUGAGGCGGCCAUGUUGUGGCUGGACAAGUGUGCCACCCGAAGGCAGAGCUUUGAGAAGGUCCUGGAGCACAUCCGCCUGCCUCUAAUUAGCCCCUACUACCUCCAUGAUGUGGUUGAGUCCCUGGAGGUGGUGAGGGAGUCGCAGCGCUGUCAGAGGCUCAUCUCUGAGGCCAAGGACUACCUCCUGCUGCAGGACCGCAGAGGAGAGCUUUACUGCCCGAGAGCACGCCCACGCAGGUCUACAGGGACAGCUGAGGUGAUUGUGACGGUGGGCGGGGAGGACGACAAGGUGGUGCUGCGUAGUGUGGAGAGCUUUGACCCCCUCACCGGCCAGUGGAAGAGCCUGGCCUGUCUGCCCUUUGCUGUCAGCAAGCAUGGCCUUGUGGUGUCAGGCUCAACUCUGUACCUGGCUGGAGGAGAGUUCCCUGAUGGGUCAGCCAGCAGGGAGAUGUGGCGCUACGACCCCAGCUUUGACUCCUGGCUGGAGAUGGCACCCAUGAACGUAGCUCGUUCUGAGUUGGGUCUGGUGACGCUGGAUGGGUAUGUGUUUGCUGUGGGAGGCUGGGAGGGCCGCUCUCGUCUGGACUCUGUAGAGUGCUACAACCCCCACACCAACACCUGGCAGUUCAUGGAGUCAGUCAAGAUGGCUGUCACCAGCCCUGCAGUGGUGGCCCUAGAUGGCUUGCUCUAUGUUACAGGUGGGGCUGUUCUAGAGGAAGGGGAUGGCACAGAGAUGGCGCAGGUGUACAAUCCUAAAACCUCAGUGUGGACAGAAGUCGCCCCAAUGCAUAUUCCUCGCUCUGGAUCAGCCUCCUGCUCUCUGAAGGGAAAAAUCUAUGUCAUAGGUGGCUGGCAUGCCUCUGUUGAGAACACAGACAAGGUGGAGUGGUACGACCCCAAGACCAACCAGUGGACCAUGUGUUCCCCCAUGAAGGAGAGGCGCUACCGGCCUGGGGUGGCAGUGGUGGAUGGAAAGAUCUACGUCCUGGGAGGGGAGGAAGGCUGGGACAGGUACCACGACACCAUUGAGCGGUACUGUGAGGAGACGGACACUUGGGAGAUCGUGGGGGAGAUGCCCACCAGCCGCAGCUGGUUAAGCUGCGUCUCCCUCCAGAUUAGGAAGGACCCUCACGGGGGGGGCCAUCCCGGAACGGCUUCAGAGACUGAGUUCUCUGUGGACUGAUGGGGGGGGGGGGGGGGGGGGGGGGGGGGGGUGAGCUCUCACUUGUCUUCUGUAGGAGAUCUCAGUGCACCUCUGCCAAACAGUCUUCAAAACAGUCACCUAUCAUCUCCUCAGGACAUUGCAGUUCUGCAUUCUAGAGAAGAUCACCAGCAGGCAGCUACCUUGGCAUGGUGCCCUCUUGUGCCACUCAGGACACGGCACAUCACUGUUUCUCUGAACCUUAGUUACAGGGUGGAAAAAUCUUAAUAAAUUGUUGACAGCUGCGAAAAAAAAGGGACAUUUUCUCAAUUGCUUGUCUCUUCACUGUGACACCAAGAGAAUAACGUCACCUUGUGCGUAUCUAUGGUAAGUGUCUUUAUGGAUGAAUUUUCCAUCCUUCUUGUCAAACCCUUGCUCUUGCUGUCUAUAAUGUGAAAGAGUGGAGUCAGGGUGUGUCAUGGUUUGGAUGUCAGUUGCCUUUUCAGUGUAGAUAUUUUCCUCACCAUAGUGUAUUUUUGUACCAUAUUUUUGUGAUGACUUGUAUUUAUUUUGGUUAAGAUAUGAAAAUACCCUUUGGAAAAAAACAAACAAAAAAAACUAUUUUCCCCAAGUCCCGCUCCCCCCAACAAGAUGCUCUUUGGGCCAAAAUAAUCCAUUAUGUGGUGUUUUGUUUUUGAGUGACAAGAAAAAUGCCAACAAUGUGUAAGUAGGUUUGUUCUGUGAUAUCUAAGUCUAUUAACAAUUGCUUUUUGUACUGCCGUUUACACAGUUCUGUUUCAGUCGGUGUGCUUUGUUGGAUCAGUGUGUUCUCGUGAGGCUUUUCAAUAAAGAUAUGUAAUGAAACAAAAACAA